AACCGUUUAAUAAUUAGAAUAAUGAUUCUACUAACAAUUCCAGCUAGAUCUACCUUCCCUCCUUGUCCUAAUGCUUAACAUAUUCUUCUUGAUCUUCUUCGUUUUUCUUCUUCACAAGGUCAACAACAAUGGAGGAACAUCUUCAAGGAAGAAUCAAACUUCACGAUGGUAGAUACUUGGCCUACAAGGAAAGAGGUGUCCCCAAGGAUGAUGCAAAGUUCACGAUCGUUCUUGUUCAUGGAUUUGGUAGCUCCAAGGAUAUGAACUUCAAUGUCUCACAAGAGCUUGUGAAUGAAAUUGGUAUAUACUUUGUGCUAUAUGAUCGAGCUGGUUACGGAGAGAGCGACCCGAAUCCUAAACGUUCGUUGAAGAGUGAAGCCUACGAUGUUCAGGAACUGGCGGAUGGUUUAGAGAUCGGAUCCAGGUUUUAUUUGAUUGGAAUUUCAAUGGGUUCCUACACUGUUUGGAGCUGCCUUAAACAUAUUCCUCAAAGGUUAGCAGGAGUGGCAAUGGUGGCUCCGGUGGUGAAUUUCCGGUGGCCGUCUAUUCCAAAGAGUCUGAUGCCAAAAGACUACAGAAGAGAAGUGGCGAAAUGGUCUGUUUGGAUAGCUAACUAUUUUCCGGGACUUUUGCAAUGGUUGGUGACUCAGAACAUGUUCUCUACAACUUCCAUGCUAGAGAAAAACCCUGUCUACUUCAACGACCAAGACAUUGAAGUCCUUAAGCACAUCAAAGGCUUCCCAAUGCUCACUAAGGUAAAUAUUACUCUUUACCAAGAAGACUAUAAUCCCUUAGAGCUUUUUCCGCUAUAUUCUUUUAGAACUAUUAUCUUAUUUUAAAAUAUCACCAAAUGUACACCCAAUAUUUAUUGAUCUAGGAGACCAAAUUAUCAAGCCAUGCAUUUUCAACAAUUUAAAUACUAAGAGUUUUACUUAUUAUAAUUUAUAUCAUAGUGAUUUGUGUUAGUGUUGCCCAUAAUCUAGAUUUUUGAGUUGUAGACGGGCCAAAAAUAUAUAAUGUACUCAUUGAAUUAAGCUUUCGAAUAUCAAGAGUCAUGUUACUUAAAUUUGUUUAUGACAAUUUCCACCAGAAUUUUAGUGAGAAAAACAUGAAGUGGUUGAUAAAGUUGAUAGCCUUCAUGAUUUUUCUAAAUUAUAUAUACGUAUUUAAAUUACAAAGUGUGAUAUUAGUUCAGAACUAGAUAUCUUGAAAGAAAAUAUGGGGUUGCUUAGUCAAAUUACGAAUACUCAUGGGUACUAUCAACAGGAGAAGUUACGGGAGCGCGGCGUCUUCGGGACGCUGAGAAGCGAUUUUUUGGUAGCAUUCGGCGACUGGGACUUCGAUCCGGCAGACCUACCUGACCCGUCUCUGUCUGGACCGGAAAAGGGCUCUUCUUCUGUUCACAUAUGGCAAGGCUACGAAGACAAAGUGAUGCCAUUUCAGCUGCAAAGAUGUUUGUGCCGCAAGCUACCAUGGAUUAGGUACCAUGAGGUCCCUAAAGGAGGCCACCUGAUCGUGCACUACGACGGCAUAUGUGAUGCGAUUUUGAAAUCACUUCUUUUAGGAGAAGAUCUCCCAAUGUACAAACCAAAAGCUGUGAUCACUGAGCCAGCUUAGAGACUAAGUUACUAUUCUUAAUUUAUUCGGUUUCUUGCUUGAUUCUUUGAUUUUGUUUGACAAAAAUCGAAUUCUCUUAUUUGUAAAAUAUAUAUAUGUACUUAUGAAUUUUUCAUAUCUUGACAUAUUUAUUUUAUCCACUACAAAGAAA